AUGGUUGUCGACGUUCUGCCCAGGUGGGAGAGGUACACUUACUGGAUAGUGGGUCUGUCGGGCAUGGCCUACUCAGUCUAUGCUCUGUUCUUAGAAGGAGACAAGAACGCCAAAUCCAUGCUCAAACAAUUGUCACCGGGAUGGACUUGGCUUGGCAGGUACCAGGAUCAGUCCGACAAUGAGAUCCAGCUGUUUAAAAGCAGGCACACUGAAAAGAUUCUAGCCACAAUUGCGCAUGUCAUGACGUCACAGAUAUGUUUUUACUGCAAGGUCAGGCCACAGUUACAUGCCUACACUCUGAUCACUGUAGACCUGACUUCCGCCUACGUUUUGAUGGGCGGAGGACCUCUGGCAGUUCUCGUCUUCUCAGCGAUACUAAUAUUUGUGGUCUCCCUGGCGGGGAAAACCUGGCUUGUCUGGUCCGUGGCCAUCGCCAUGAUGUAUUAUUGGGACUCUGUCACCUGGCUGACUUGGUAUAUAGGCUACAGUCAUUUUGCGUUCAUCGCCGGUUUCAUCAAGAUUCGUAUCGUCAGCUUCGGCCUUGAGAAGGCCAAAUAUCGAGCAUCUCAAGCGGCACGAGCAUCUCAAUCGGCACGAGCAUCUCAAGUGGCACGAGCAUCUCAAGCGGCACGAGCAUCUCAAUCGGCACGAGCACAAGUCGGUCCUUUGGAACAGUCACUUUCAUCUGCAGGCUCCAGUGGUGGUCAGAAUAAUCCCACUGACCAAGAGAACAUGGCAAUGAUUAAAAACCACGAAGCCACUAACCUGACCCAAGUCCCAGAAACAGGUCCACUGGACAUUGACCCCUCUCUGUGUGAUCUGCUAUUAUACUGUUUCUACUGGCCAACCUUGGAAUUUGGUCCUAUUCUAAUCUACAGAGGCUUCCACAGAGAUAUUAAACAAGCAAUGUUCUCCCAACAUUUCUCUCCAGAUACUUGCGACAUUUUGAAACAACUACUUCGAAUAGCGUUCUGGUUCGUCUUUCUGGAGUUCCAGGUACACUUCCUCUACCACAACGCCAUUGCCAGCAAUCCAGCUCUAUUUGAACAGGCGACAUAUUCGGCAGUGGCGGGUCUAGGCUUUUGGCACAACCAGUAUUUCAUGAUGAAGUAUGUCGUCUUCUAUGGAUCAGCGUCUCAGAUUUGUCGAUUUGACGGCCUUUCUCCGGUGGCGAGACCACGAUGUCUCAGUUGGGUCUACUCAUUCGCAGACAUCUGGAAGUACUUUGAUGUAGGUUUAUACAAUUUUACCAAGACCCACAUAUACAUCCCUAUGGGUGGGUCACGAGCUGGGGUUUUGAGACAGCUCUUUGCUUCCGGUCUAGGCUUCACGUUCAUCAUCUUCUGGCACAGCCUGUCUCUCAACAUAGCCAUCUUGUUCAUGGUCAACUACCUUAUCAACUGCCUCCAAGUGUUGGCUGGUGAGGCAGAAAAGGGGACACUCUUGAAAACACUG